AAUGAGCGGACUUCGUUGGAACGGCAAUAGUGAGCUUUGGCUGUUACCUGAGCUGUUUGUCUUUUGACCAUAGACAGGUUUUAUGGACGUCAGUUGUACGACUAGUGUGUAGUGAGGCAAUUUAUUUGCAUUUGCAAUAUGAAGAAUGGAAGAAGACGAUGUUACUAUCAGAGAACAGAAUUUCCACAGCCAAGUUCGAGAAUACAUUAUUUGUUUCCUACUGUUUGCGGUACUCUACAUUGUGUCGUAUUGCAUCAUCACCAGGUACAAGAGGAAAACAGAUGACCAGGAGGAUGAAGAUGCUGUCGUCAACAGAAUAUCACUGUACAUGUGCACCUUCACCCUGGCCAUGUCGGGUGGGGCUGUUCUCCUCCUGCCUUUCUCAAUCAUCAGCAAUGAGAUCCUGCUCUCCUUCCCCAGAAACUACUACAUUCAGUGGCUCAAUGGCUCCCUCAUCCAUGGCCUGUGGAAUCUGGUGUCGCUCUUCUCCAAUCUCUGCCUCUUCGUCCUGAUGCCCUUCGCCUAUUUCUUUCUGGAGUCCGAGGGAUUUGCUGGAUCAAAAAAGGGCAUUAAGUCACGGGUUCUAGAGACCUUUGUGAUGCUCUUCCUCCUCGGACUGCUCAUCCUAGGAAUAGUCUGGGUGGCGUCCGCGCUCAUCGACAAUGACGCAGCCAGUAUGGAGUCACUCUAUGAUCUCUGGGAGUUCUACUUACCGUACCUCUACUCCUGUAUCUCUCUGAUGGGGGGACUGCUCCUCCUGAUGUGUACUCCUGUGGGCCUGUCCAGGAUGUUCACAGUCAUGGGCCAGUUACUAGUCAAACCAACCAUCCUGGAGGACCUGGAUGAGCAGAUUUACUGCGUCACUUUGCAAGAAGAAGCCCUCCAGAGGAGAUUGAACGGGUCAACAUCAUCUCACUCUCAUUCCCAAGGAAGCGCUCACCGACUCAACAAAGAAUUGGACAUCGUCCGAGAUCAGAGGAGUAAACUGGAGAGGAGGAAGAAAGCCUCUGCAUGGGAGAAGAACCUGCUGUACCCCAUUGUGAUGUUAAUACUGCUCACAGGGACGACUAUCUCAGUCCUGCUGGUGGCGCUGAAUGUCCUUUAUCUGCUGGUGGAUGAGACGGCCAUGCCAAAGGGAUCAACGGAUCGGGGACUUGGGAACACCUCACUGUCCACGUUCGGAGUCGUCCAGGCCGUUGUGGAGAUCGUUCUCAUGUUCUAUUUGAUGGUGUCCUCCGUUGUCGGCUUCUACAGCUUGCGAGUGUUUGAAGGCCUCACUCCCAGGAAAGACGACACGACCAUGACAACGAUCAUUGGUUGCUGUGUGUCCAUCCUGGUGCUGAGUUCAGCCCUGCCAGUCAUGUCCAGAACACUUGGUAUCACCAGGUUUGACCUUCUCGGAGACUUUGGGAGAUUCAAUUGGCUGGGAAACUUCUAUAUCGUCCUGUCGUACAACUUGCUGUUUGCCGUGGUAACUACCCUCUGCCUAGUCCGGAAGUUCACCUCAGCGAUCCGAGAGGAACUCUUGAAAGCUUUAGGUCUGGAUAAAUUACAACUGUCAAACAGCCCCACAGACCCUGAGUCUGGGAAGAUCGCGGCCAACGGGCAUCAGAAGACUCUGUGAAAGAGACAACCGACACACACACACACCUCAUGGCAGCCAAAGGGAGAUUUUGACUGUACUGGGAAUUGAGUCCGUGUAAGAGACUUAGUAUACACCGACAGUGUCUGACGGGCACUGCGAGCUGAGGGGAAGAGUAAUUUAGCUUUGUGACAUUCCAUCCUCUUCCUCCUGGAUCGAUGGAUGCAGGACUUGGACAGGGACAUGUUUGAGCCCCCUGACAGACUGGCAUCAUCACAACAGUUGAUGUUGACCUCAACAGUGACUCUGACCAUGGGCCACUCAGCCGAUAUCUGGGGGACUUUCUCUCAGCACCAAUGUCCUUCUCCCCCCCCUCAAUCUUUUCAUACAUUCGAAUUCUACCCUCUACCCAUCUCAUUCUAACCUCUUGCGUUCCGUGCUUCCCUGAUCACUUUUUAUCUGUUAUCUCCCCCCGUAAUUGCACUAUGCCCUAUUGGCUUGGAGGUGAAAUGUAACCUUUCGAUGCAGAGGCUGAAGAGAUGCUCGCUGACUAGUAGCCAUUUUUACACUUAUGUCCUAUUUCAAUGUCUGUCUGUUUCCAACCUGUUCUAUUUCCACCACAGUUACUGAGCCCAUGCAGUGCAUUUCACCAAUUUUAAAACCCAUUUUGGUUAUAAAAUGCAUCUGUGUUAUUUGGAGAGAAAACAACAGCACCUUCUCACAAGUAUAAUGAGAAGAGAAUUCCUUUUUUGAGAAUCAGGUGUGAUGGAUUAGAGUUGGAGACAAACCAACAGGACAGUAACUCCAGGAAAAGGGUUGGCGAGCCCUGGUGUAUAGUAUUAGUAUGGAUGGCUUCUGGUUUGAUAAGUGGAUUUUUUUUUUUUUUUUAUCUACACAUUUUGAAAAGAUGAGGGCAUUCUUUGAUAGACUUACUUGCUGUUGAACUCUCCUGCAUUAAAAAAGAUCUUACUGAUUACUCUUAUUCAUUUUACAUAUCGCUUUUAGCCGUUUUACGUGUCCCACCCAGUUGCUUUGCAUGUCCUCACAGGCGUCUGUGUAUCGCCACUUCUUCCCUCUUUGCAGAGCUUGCUGGUACAGUUAGUACCCGUUCACCUAAGUGACCAGUCAGUGUCUCCUCCAUUGACACAGACUGAAUGGAGAGGAGUUAGGAGGGACUAGCCAAUCCUUCCAUCUUUCUGAUCGUCUCAGGCCAGUUGUGAAUGUGUCACAAUGUGCUCAUUUUAUUUUGCGUUACCCACUGUACUGUGCGUUCAUUAUUUUUGUCUCAAUUUGAAUGACUCUUGUUUAGUUGCUCUUGAGAUGGGAAAACUAUAGAGUGAUCCACACGUCUUUUUUUGGUUCCAAAGAGCAAAUUUGUAAAGCGCUUUUCAUUAUGAAGAAUAAUCUCAAAGUGCAUAAGAUAAAAAAUCAAAAUACAUAUUUUAACGCAACUAGACCGGGUCACUGAGACAAAGAUCCCAGCUGACACUACAAGGAGCACAGCUGUCAACAGAAAGCCUUCCUAAAGAGAAAGGUCUUUAGGCCCGUUUUAAAGGAACCCAGAGUCUGUGGUGCCUUCAGGUGGUCCGGGAGAGCGUUCCAGAGGCUGGGGGCAGUCGAACUGAAUGACACAUUAUUAUAGUCAAUAGCAAAUUAUCCCAAAUGGUACCCUAUCCCCAAAAGUAGUGCAAUAUGUAGGGAAUAGAGUGCCAUUUGGGACAAACAUAACCAGACAGCAUAAGUCCCUGUCGCUGCAUAUUAUUGGUCGAGGGAGCACACCAUAAGCACAACAUUACAAUCGUACUUUUCCAAUGAGUUUGAGGUGCACACGGUCUGGGCCUGUUCCAGCCCAAGGGAACAGUUUUUGUUGCCUUAGUUUUUCCUCACUUGCCGAGGGUUUGAAAUGUUGAAGCGUGGCCUGUACUGUAGGUGGAGUAGCUAAUCAGAACCGUUGUGCCCCCUCAGAUUUGUCCUGUUUAGUUGUUUCUCUGUAAUACUGCUAGACCUAGAAAUGUCAUGAAGUUGACUUUAGCUAGCCCAUGUAGGUUCCCAACCUCAUAGCAUUAAAAUGGCUUUUUGGUGGCUAGUUAUCAGUCAAGUUUGAGUAGCUAGCUCGUCUAACUAUAUUAGCUGGUACGCCUGCUGGCAAACUUUAGAAAAGCAAGCAAUAACUUCGUGUACUGAAUGAGACUUGAUUCCUUUCAAUCUUUUAUUCAGAUUUCAGCAAAUCUGCAUACAGUUUCUUUUAAAAAUGAACCAGGAUACAGACCGCUCAAGAGGUAUGCUGAUUUUUUUUUUUUUUUACACAGAAAUAAGUAUGAUUAUGGCUCUAGAAUGCAGUAAAGAAAACUGUUUUGGAUGUUUGAAAAAUUCUAAAUUCUCCAACCUGUGCCCCCUCACAUUUUUGGAUGUAGCUAUAGUUUUUCUGUCUCUGCAUAUAAUUUCCUGCAAAUUAACAUGAAUGUGUUUUAGUUUUUUUACCAUAUGUGUGUUUGUUAAUAAACAAUGAACGUCAUUUUUAUUUAUUUCACCUUUAUUUAACCAGGUAGGCAAGUUGAGAACAAGUUCUCAUUUACAACUCAUGUUUAAGUUGACAUUGCUUUUUCAUCUGUAACUUCAACAGCAUUUGUGGUGUACAUCACGGGCUUCUUUUUGAGAUAUAAGAGCACACUUGGCACAAGUUAGCUUGCUUUUACCAUGGCAGUAUCUGUCUAUGAACUCCUGACAAGUCACAGUAUUCUGGAGGACUGGGACUUGAGGAAGAAUUGCACUUAAUUGGUAUGGAUGCCUGAAAGUGAUAAUUGUUUUGUGCAUUUAUCCUUUGAUGAAUGCAUUUAAAGUCUGUUCAUUAAACAACAGGAAUAACUUCCUGUUUUACUACA